AUGACAGAUAUCCCAACCUUCCGCAGUCUCUCCCUCGAGAGACAUGGGAAUGUAUUCGUCCUAACCAUGCAGAAACCCCCUGAGAACCGAUUGAACUCAUCAUACUGCCAGGAGAUGAUCCGGGCCUAUCGCACCGUAGAAAGAAUCCUAGGAUCCAACUCAGAAGGGGCCGUAAUCACACGGGGAAAUGAUGCUAAAUUCUGGUGCACUGGACUGGAGCUGGACGAAAUAGAUAAGAACCCAUUUGCCAAUACAGACGGAUUCUAUCCAGUGAGAACAGCCCUUGCACCGGCUUUGACGACAGACCUCAUCCAUACAAUCCUCGACUUCCCGUUUCCAACAAUCGCUCUUUUAACCGGGCACACCUUCGGCGGCGCAUGCCCACUCGCACUAGCACACGACUACCGAGUCAUGAACUCCCGCCGCGGCUUUAUCUCUAUGCCUCCUGUGAACCUGGGGCUGCACUUCGACGGGAUCGGCUCGCUCCCUCGACUAAAGCUACGUCCGAAGGUUGCCCGCAAGAUGCUGCUUGAGGCGCACAAGUGGACUGGACCUGAAGCGCUCGAGGAUGGGAUUGUGGAUGCUGUCGCCGAGCCAGAGGAGAUGUUGAAUGUCGCUUUGGAAUUGGGGGCGAAAUGGGCGCCUAAAGCGAAGAUGGGGGUGUAUGCUUUGCUUCGUCAGGAGCUCUGGGGAGAUGCUAUCAAGAAUUUUCAGCGUAUUAGUUAUGUCCAUAGUCGGGUGACUUCGGCGCCUGCGAAGGUCAAGAUUUGA